AUGAAUACACUCACUUUUCUCCUUAUUCUCUCCCUAACAAUAGGUAUGGCCUAUUCCAUCUCCAACUCGGAGAAGUUGUCCAUGAGCGACAACCAAGCCAAUUUCUUCUCAAAAAUCUUCAAGAACAUCCAAGGACCCCAGAACGCCAAGAACAUCCCGCCGUCUCGGCUGUGGGUUCAUACUUCUGCAAAAGAUUGCGGGACACUGUCGAGAAUUGAUCAGCGAUACUGGUGUAGAGAUAACGUUUACUUCCUACCGCUCGGAAUGCUCAGAACACUUCAUCAAGUCAAGAGUGUGCCCCGUGUGUGGCUCUAA